AUGACAGCCAGAGGCGAGGAUGAUCGCCCGGCCACCGAAGAUGCGGAGGCCGAUGCUCUGGCGCCGUUGGCGUCCCCCAAGGGGAUGGAGAGAGUUCGCAUGGAGCAACUCAGCGCGGGGCCCGUGGACUUCGUCGCCCGCUGCGUCCAGGGUCUCUUCGCCGGGCGCUUCAUCUACAUCAACCGAACUUCACAGGGAGAGCUUUUCGGCAGUGACCGCAAUAGCAACGCGGUGACCAUGUACAUUGAGAAUGCUGGACUCUCGCCAAGUCAUGCAGAGAUCAAGUUUGUCGCUGCAACCUGCCAGUAUUUCCUCACGGAUGCUGGAAGCGUUGACGGUACCUGGGUCCGAAUAAGAUGGAACCGGUCCGUUGAGAUCGCACCAGGGCAGGAAAUCAGGAUCGGUGACUCUCUGAUCGAAGUGCGGCAGGGGCAGGAGAUCACAGAAGCUGAGGAGGUGGAGCAAUGGCUCUCCACAUAUCAGCUGCAGCGCUUCGCAGGUCUGCUGAACGAGAAGGGCUUUUGUGGCCUGUCGUCUCUACGGCACCGCUUGUUGCAAGAGCUGCCGUCGAUGCUCAGCGCUGAACUCUCCAACGAAGAUUAUCAGUCGCUGGAAAUGGCUGCCAAAGAGUUGGACAGGAUGUGGCCCAGUGAUGCAUAUCCCACGCACACCCUGGAGUUCAGUGUGCGGCCGGCCACGGGCUCCACGCCCUGCUCGGGCGUGACGCCGAGCGAAGGUGCCCCGGCCGGCGACAGCGAGCUUUGCUCUUCAGGGGUCGUGGCCAGCGUGGGAUGGGCUGGUGGCACUAUUGAACUUUGGCCGGUCGGAGUUCCCGCCGAGGAGAAGGAGGUGGAUGAUGCUCUGUCGGGAGUCCACUCGAACAAUUCGAAGGACUCACCGGUUGGACAGGCUCAUAUCGCUGGCUGGCUUCGGCCGGAACAGCUGCGGAUCGGCUAUUCUUUUGGACGAUACUAUGUGCAUUUCAGUGAGCGAUCGGCGGAGUCAGAACAAAAAGGCUGGGUUCGGCUACGAGCAGACCAGAGCCACUGGCUUAUGCCACAGGACCUGUUUUCCAUUGGAACCCUGGAGUUUCAGGUCUUGCGCUUCAAUGCAGCGUCCUACUCGGAACAAGGCUUUCGAGCAACAAUGGAGGAUGAGGACAUCCUCAUUCAAGAUCUGGCAACCUCUAAUUGGAGGCAAUGCUCUUAUUUUGGCAUUUACGAUGGCCAUGGUGGCAGGGACUGCGUGAACUUUGUGCGCCGGCGGUUGCAUGUCAACAUCGUCGCCGCCCUGCAUGCCAGGGGCGGACUGGAUAAGUCUGUCCAGGUUCACCAGGACAUGCACGACAGCCUCAUGCAGGGCUUCCUAAAGACGGAUCAACAGUUCUUGGGCCUCACACAGGGCAUGGAGAACGGUGGUUCCGGAAGCACUGCGGUGGUUGCUUGUCUUGUGGGUGGUUGGGUUUGGUGUGCGAAUGUGGGCGACAGCAGAGCCUUACUCUGCCGAAAUGGCCGAGCGCUACAGCUGUCAUUAGACCACAAGCCCAGCCGCGCAGAUGAGUCCAAACGCAUCGAGCAGGCAGGUGGCUUUGUAUCCUUCCACCGAGUGCUCGGGCGCCUGGCGGUGUCUCGUGCUUUCGGAGACGAAGAGUACAAGGUUGGAGUGACCAAAGCAGAUAACAUUUCGCAGCCAUUGGUCAUUGCCGAGCCAGAGAUCCGGGUAGAGCAGCUCACACCGGAGGACGAGUUCCUCUUUAUGGCUUGCGACGGUCUUUUUGCCGUCUUUAGCUGCCAAGAGGCCGUGGAUUUCUUGCAUAGUCGCCUUGCAGCCAUGCCACCCAACGAGCAGGAUCCACAGAGAGCUGUUCAGGACAUUGUUCAUGAAGCAAUUCAUGAACGCAGGUCACGUGACAAUGUCACAGCACUCUUGGUGACCUUCCGGAGAGCUAUGGGCAGUGAAAGCUUAGAUGUGGUGCGGCAAAGCUUCCGACAGUUUGACCUGAACGGGGAUGGAGUAAUAGAUGAGGUGGAACUUCAAAAUGUCCUACAAACCAUUGAUCCUGAUUUUUGGAAGGAUGCCGCUGUGAAGGCCUUGUUGGGCAGCAUGGACAAGACUGCCACUGGAAAGGUUCAGUAUGAAGACUUUGUUGACUGGUUGGGUCAAGGCUUGGACUCCACGGUCUCCAGGAACUUCCGGAGCGCGUACGAGAAGCUGCAGCACAGUGACAAUGAGUCUGAAGCGACUCGAAGCCCUGAAAACUCGCAAAGCUUAGGCGACUUCAAGCCACCGAAGGGCAAAGCCAAGUCGAGCUCAGCUCCAGGCCGGUACCGUCCAGGCGUGAAGUGCGACAAGAUCUUGGAGUUUGGGAAACCCAUCCGCAAUGCGAUCUGCAUCGGUGGAGAGGUCUGGACGGUGGACUGGCACGGCGUCGUCACGGUGCGCGACCGGGACAACGCCUCCAAGGUCCUAGGCACGAUCCCCACCGACAGGUUUGUUUGGAGCAUGCUUCAUAUGAAACCUGGGCUCAUGUGGAUGGGCCAGGAGGCCUUUGGCAUUUCUCUCUUUGAUACCAAGAAGAAAGAGCCCAAAGGCACCUUAACUGGUGGCCACACUGGUGGCGUCACUUGCCUCGCCUGUGACGACAGCAUGGGUGACAACGAUGCCGAGGAGUUUCCCAACAGGAAAGCCUGGAGUGGAAGCAAUGACUUCACUAUCCGCGAAUGGUACAUUCACACCUGGCGCUCAAAGAAAGCUAUGCCAGCGGCUGUGAAGGAAGACAAAGAAGCGACCAUUGUGGAGCUGGGUCGAUGGAAAGUUGGCAUCCUCAAAGGAUUGCAUAUGCAUGGUCACAAGAAUGGCCUGAAGACCUUACUGAAGCUGGGCCCCAUCUUGUGGUCCGGAGCAGAUGAUGGAUCCAUCAGGUUAUGGCGAUGCAUCGAUGGCGAGUGCAUGGAAAUCGUUGAGGAUGCCCACACCGGCUCUGUCAACAAGCUCACCGUGGUGAAAUGCUUCGUGUGGUCGGCGGGAUCCGACGGCCUCAUCAAGGAGUGGAACAUGACGGGUGAGAAGCGCCAGUGUCUCCGACAAGUUGCACCACCUGGCAGUGAAAAGGGUAUUUAUGCCUUACUUCCCCUGGGCCACGAUGUGUGGGUUUGUGGACAUCAUCCAACGAUCCAAGUGUUCUCACAGCGAGAUAUGGCACAAACUUCUGCUGAAGAUGGACACAAGCCUUAUGUAUCCAACCUCAUUGGGGUGGAUCGCGUGGAGUCCAAGAUCGUGUGGAGUACUUCCUUCGGAGAUCGCAAGCUCAAGGUUUGGAGACACACCAUUCGCGGGGAAGAAGCGUCAGUAGAUGAGUUGAAAGCUGCAAACAUCCUGUACCAACAAGAGGAGGAGACCCAAGCAGAGAGAAUUGGGGGAUAUUUGAAGCGUAUCCAACAGCUGCAAGAGUCACAAGAACUCUUGGACGAGCGCAACAAGACCUGCCAAGAACUGAAAGAAGCGCUGGAGGCUCUGCGUCAGAUCUUUGCCGAAGCAGGUUUGGAGGAUUUGCUCGCCGACCCCGAAGCCCUGAAGGCCUUCGUGAAGCGUGGGGCAGCUCUGGAGGAAGUCCUCCGGCGGUUAGGCCUCGAAGACCUUUUGGAGGACCCCGAGGAGGUGGGACGUUUGCUGAGCCUCAUGCGGAAGAUUCAGGAGAUUCUUGAGCGCUGUGGCAUGACAGAGCUCUUGGAUGACCCUGCAGCAUUGGAAGCAGUGUUGCAAAGGUACAAAGCCAUGAAAGCAGCCUUUGAAGCUCAUGGCUUCGACGAACUCUUCGAAGAUCCCGUGAAGCUGGAGUCCUUCUUGGGGACACAUCGCCAGGUUCGUGACGUCUUUGAGGAGUUCCAACAGAUGCAUUUGUUGGAAGAUGCUGAAGCCGCCCGAAGCUUCUUCCAACAGAGGCAGCUGGACUUGGAGGAGUCCUCAUCCACUGCAACCACACUGAAGUCCUUGGAGGCGGAGAUGGCGGAACUCCGGCGUCAGCUUCAGGAGUUGCAGGAGCAGCGGGAGGCCAUGAGGGCUUCUUUUGAGAAGCACGGCUUUCGGCCGCUCUUCGAUGAUGUGGAGAAGCUGGAUUCCUUUUUGCAAAGCCACCGUGAAGUGCGGGAUGUCUUUCAAGAAGCCAACCACGAAGACCUGCUGGAGGACGCCGAGAAAGCGCGAAUCUUUCUCCAGAUGUUCGACCAAACAGAGGAUGACCGUCGUUUUAUGGCGAAGCUAAGAGAGGUCUUUGAAGAAGCAGGCCAAAGCCGACUGCUAGAGGAAUAUGAGGCCACAACGGAUGCAGGAGAUGAUGACCAUGCAGAUGAGGAAGCGGAAGAUGAAGAAGAUGAUGCAGAAGCAGAUGAUGCAGAGGAAGCAGAAGAAGCGGAUGAACCAGAUGAAAGGGAUGAAGACGUAGAUGAAGAUGAGGAGGGAGAAGAGGAAGAAGGGGAGCCUCGAGAAAGCUUGAAAGACAAACCAUCGGAAGACACUGACGAGCUUCACACUGCUUCCAAAGGGAAGACAGUGGCGGCAGCUCCGAUAAGGCCGCAGCAGUCCUUUCGAGCGCUACGGGCUCAUCUCUUCCGCACCAACGCCUUUGAACGGUUCCUGCGAGAAGUAGGCAUGGAGCAUCUUCUGGAUGAUCCCAACGAGUUGGGCCGCCUGCUGCGGCUUUUGAAGGAACUCAUGUCGAUCCUGGAGACCUACGGAUUGAAGGAGGUGGAGCACGAUCCAACCCGCCUGGCAGAAGUGCUUUCUGCUUACAGAGCCUUGGAAGCUGCCUUCAAAGAGUAUGACAUGUCGGAGCUCUUUGAAGAUCCGGAGUAUUCCUUGAAGGCCUUCCUGCGGAAUCAUCAUCGCAUCCGGGCCGAGUUCGACAAGUAUGGCCUGGGAUAUUUGUUCGACAGUGUGCCUUCCAUGCGCGACUUCCUUGCAAGGUACAAGGACAUGGAAGACGAGCUGAAAGCGAUGAAAGCCGCCCGCGCGGGCGAGAAGUUGGCUGAGCGGGAUGCAGAAAUGGGGCGCCUGGAAAGUCGACUCUUGAAGAAGGAGGAGGAGAUUGAAGCCCUGAAGGAACGGCUCAAAGAGUUUGAGCAAUUGGGUGACGUCGAAACCAUCCAGAAGUGGAAGGCGGACUCAGAGGAAUUGAAACGCAUUACGCGUUUGUACAACUCUGUGUCCAGCCGCCUAGCAGAGCUGGAGCGUCUUCUGGCCGCCAAAGAGCGGGAGCGAGAGGAGGCUGAAGCGCGAGAACGCAUGAUGGCCGUGAAGUACAAGGAGCUGGACAUUUUCAAGCUGGAUAUCAUUGCCCGAGAAUUGAAAGCCCUAGACAACGAGCUGCAACGCGUGGGCAGUGGCGUCAAGGGCCUGAAUCAAGCUGCGGCACGGCUCAGGAACUAUGAUGAGCAACAAGGCAUUGGCAAUCAAAGUGACCAGCUUCUUGAUCAGUGCAAACAAUUGCGCUCUCACAUCCGUGAUGUCAUCAACAAGUGUCUCUCAGAGACUCAAAAGAUGCACAUUGGUGUGGGCAUUGACGACCCUCUUGCAGCUGGCGACCUCAAGGAUGGAGGCACGAUGAUUGCUACAGUCUAUGAGGAAAUCGAACGUGUCGACCAUGGCAGCUCGAAAGCUGCCAAAUUACGGCAGCAAGAUGAAUCGCGGCGAAAUUCCGCCGAGCUCGAGGCGGAGCUCAUCAAGCGGAACCGGGAGAUCGCCAAGGUCCGCGAUGAGGUGAUAAAGCUCGAGAGGCGUUUGCAUGAAGCUUCGCUCCGUAACGAUGACUUGUUGGAGAAGGUCUCGGUGCUCGACUCAGAGGUUACGAAGAAGACCACCCUUCUCACCGAAUCGGAGCAAAAGGUGGCAGCUUUGGAAGAGAAGCUCAACGGAUCGGAACAGGCCUUGGAGACUGCGCAGCGGCGCUCGGCCGAGUUGGCUGGCGAGGUGGAGGCCCAGAAGGAAUCCUACCAGAAAGAGGAAGCGGAGGUUGCAGCUUUGAGAGAAGAGAUCCGCAGGAUGGGUGUGCAGCAUUCCGAGGAGCUAGAGAAGACGAAGGCUGAUUCUGCCCAUGCCUCGGACCUGGCUGCAAGCAUGGAUCGGCUUCAAGCAGAAUAUGCCGAGGCGAAAAAACAAGGAGAGACAAUUGAAGCCAAGGCAAAGGAGGAAAUUGCAGAGCUCAACUCACUGCUUGAGAAAGCUCGCUCGGAAUGUUCUGCACUUCAAGAAGGAAAAGCAUCCGAGGCCAGUCAGGCUGCAUCGAAAGCAGAAGAGCUGAACGCAACCAUUCAGCAGUUGCAAGAUGCUUUGGCUGCAGAGACUAGAUCACGACAGGAACAAGAAACCGAUGCAGCAGCAAGGGCAGCGGAGCUUCGAAAGGAAAUUGAAAGGCUUCAAGAUUUGCACGCAGCAGCAGUGAAAGGAGGCGAAGCAACAGAAGCCAAGGCAAAGGAGGAAAUUGCAGAGCUCAACUCACUGCUUGAGAAAGCUCUCACGGAGAUCAGAUGGCUUGGCUCGCAUCCUCCCAAAGCAAACACCAACUUAAUGAAACCGUGCGACAUGUUGUGAGGACUGAGCGGUGCGAGAAAAUGACUGAGCUGUUCUUGUUCUGUUGUUGCCUUCAGGGUCUCUGCCGGGGGGACAUUGGAAAGCUGCUUGACUCGCUUGCCGCUGGACUUCUGCGAAGUCAACCAAACCGCACCAGGCCCGCUUAGGCUCACAAAAGAACACAGAGUGAGAACAGCUGUUGCAGAACGCGGAAAAGGAUGCGAGGAGUCUUACGGCAUUGUGGCAC